GGGCGGGUUGAGGAAGGAGGAAACAUGGCGGCGCAAAUACCAAAGCCCGUUAAAGCGGAGAAACCAGGCGGAAAAGAGGCUCAGCCUUUAAUAAUAGCUAAAAUGCCCGCCGAGGAGCAGCGUCUGAAGCUGGAGAGACUGAUGCGGAACCCGGAGAAACCGGCUCCGAUCCCGGAGCGAGCUAAGGACUGGACCCCGCGUGCGCCGCCGGAGUUCGUGCGGGACGUGAUGGGUUCGAGCGCCGGAGCGGGCAGCGGGGAGUUCCACGUGUACCGGCACCUCCGCCGGAGGGAGUACCAGAGGCAGGACUUCCUGGACCGCAUGUCGGAAAUUCAGAAGAAGGACCUGGAAUAUCUGGACAAAGUGGAAGAGAACAAACACAAGGCGGAGGACAGAACGGCCAAGAGGCGGAAGAAACGUCAGAAACUGAAGCAGAAGAAAAAGGCGGCGAAGAAAGCCAAAAAACAGCAGGAGGAGGAGGAGAAGAGAGAGGGGACUGAGGAGGACAAGUCAGCCAGCAGCGAGGAAGAGGAGGAGAGAGAGGACGACGCGGAGGAGCCGAGCUUCAUCAUGGGGAAGAAGUGAGGAGCUCCUCCAGGGGGCGGAGCCAGGACAGGCAGGGGCGGAGCCAGGAGUUUCCAGAGUCAGCAAAGUGGAAAUUCUUAUUUUUGUAUUUUUAUUUUAUUUACUGCUUAAAUGUAACUGGUCUGGGUCACCUUAGCCACAAGCGAAAUGCAAAGCAACGACUCGCCGUUCGUCUUCAGUCAGAGUGGGCGUUUUGUGGCAGCAACAGACAACAUUCACCCCGCCAGGUAGGCGGGGCCAAAAUGGAACAUAAAGCCACCUUGACACUUCCAUGAAUUUGGUCCCCGCACUGGCGGGGCAAUCUUGCGUGCCAGUGAGUAAACUCAAACUGUGCGAGGUCCUACACGCAUUGACACAUAGUGUUUGUGAAUAGGUUGUGCAAUAGUCGCAGCUAGUUCACGUUCAAGUUUUCAACAUUUCAAAAUGUUCUUUGUGCACUGGCACGCAGCUGCGCAAAGUUCACGGACAGUUUACACACACACAGUUUGACAAGUUUACUCAUUGGCGCACAAGAUUGCUUGCCCGUGUAGGGGAUCAAAUUCGUGCAAGUGUCAAGGUGGCUUAAGACUGCAAAUGGUGAGUGACACGACACGGUGACUGCCAAUCCGAGUGAAAAAAACAAGAAUGGCGUCAGCUGGUUGUUUGUGCGAACAAAAAUAAUCCAAGAUGGUGGAAAACGCUCUGAAACAGCUGUUUCUGUAUAAAUCUAAUGUUUCUCAUACAAUUUGUAAACGUUUGCAAAAAAAUGAACAUGUCUAAAUUUAAAAAUGCUGUUUAAGUAACCAGGUAACACCAGCUGAAGUGAUUUCCGAGACAUCUUACGAACAUGUUAGCGUGCCCUCCCUGGGAACGCCCAACAAGUGACAAAACCAGCUGCUUGUCACUGUGAUUUGAAGCUAAUGUGGCCAUAGGGUUAGUGUAUAUUUCUUGUAAAAUGCUCUGGGGUUUGAACAGUACGUUUGCCAGACUACAGCUUUGUGCACGUCCAGGAUUUUUGCAUAAUAGCACAAUUCCUAUAUGGUCCAGGUCCCAUUUGGGAAUAGUUCAGGUUCACAAACUGCGGAACAGAUGCAAAACUAUCAGUUUGUGGAAUGCUUCUGGGAGGGAUUUCAACCUGGACUCCAGCCUGUAGGUCCACCAGAGAGCACAGGUUUGUGCCUUUUAUUCUGUUGACGCUGAACAAUGAGCUAAGACUGGUAACAGAGUGAGUGACUUAAAAAAAAUCUGUUUUUGACCCUAAGAUUUUGAACACUUGCGGGACAGUUUUUUUUUUUUUUUUUUUUUGUCGUGAAAUUAUCUACAGAUUUUGAGAUUUAUCAGAGUAUUGAAGCUUUUCCACGAUGUAUGAUGUAAAUACCUGAAUUAAAAUCUGCUGAUUUGCAGACACCCAGGUGUUCCGGUUGAAUAAAUUCCAGUUAUUGGAGACCUCAGAGUUUGAAACACUUGGAGCAGCAGAGUUGUGCAAAAUGUUGAUGAUCACGGUUGUUUGCAGUCUCGUUAAAGUGCCCCUUGCCAUGACUGUUGCUCGUGGGCACAGCCGGACUGCAGAAAGCAACACAAAGAAUAAAAAGGCGUGUCUCCCAGAGGCUGAGGAGUUCCACGUGCGAUGUUCCUUGGACAGCUGGAUCUGCUUCCCACGGCGGUGACGGUCUGGUUCUGUGGCCGUCGCCUUUCUUGAGGCAGGCAGAGAAAAACCGGGCAGCCAGGUAUUGUUUGGAACAGGUGAAGUUCUUCCUGUCAAACACUGUGAGCUGCCACAAGCAUGUUUUGCUUUCAUCCCAGAGUCACGUCCCCAAGACAAAUAAAACUCUGCUCAACCA